AAGGUGAAUCCGACACAGAACAUUUUUUUGUCAGGCAGAAAUUGAGAUUUACUUGUCCUAAUUUCCUAAUCUCCUAAUUUCGAAAAUGUUUCGGCUAUUUUUGUUAAUUUCCUUGGCGUCCUUCGUGGUUUCCGAAAUUCCUGAAAUUACGAUUUAUUCAGGUCCAAACCAGUCGGGAAACUCGUUCACUGUUCAAACCAAAGAAGCUGACCUGACCAACUGGGGUUUUUUCCUAGGGACGGCAAAAUCCUACAAGAUUAAGGGUGGAUGGUGGGACUUUUUCGAAGGCAAGGAUUACACACAGCACAAACACACCGCUGGAUCGGGCGUGUAUUCAAAUAGUACUUCCAACUUUGACUGGAGUGGAAUCAAAUCAUUGCGAUAUAUCGGCCCACCAGACACCUCCAUCCCGGCAGUGUCCUUCUACGAGGUCACCGAUGUGAAAGGGCAUCGUGAGAAGAGAGAGAUGGUCGUCCUAGGCAGUUCCGGAACCGCGAAUAAUUUCCCCUUCGCCCCGAAUGGAAUCAUAAUUAAUACUUUUGGAUUUUCAAAGUGGACGAUUUACCAGAAUAACGACUUUACUGGAAAAUCAGUUUGUCUUGAUGGACACUGGAAUGAGGUAAACACACAUUUCAGUGGAUUCCCAUUCCUUUCGGUGAAAUUUGGCUGCUAAAUAACUUGCACUUGAAGUUCAAAAUUAUAAAAUUUGGUAUAAUGAUGAGAAAUAAAAAUUUGAUUUGAUA